CUCAAUAACGUCUGUCUCCACAGGACGUGUUCCACUGGGCCACCAGGAUGCGUUGUUCGUGACCGGCAGUGCGGGAGAGGACUCGCCCACCAUAGUCGGCGUGUAUGAUGUCGGCAGACUGGAAUACCGCGCCAUCCGAGAACUUAAGGUGGCCUGCAAUGCAAACACGAGGUUUUACGAAGCAGACAACAGAUCAGUGGUCAUGGAAAUUUACGAUAAGUUUUACUUGUUUGACCUUGAAAAGAUGGACGUCAGCAUCGUGUUUCCGGGUCGAGUAGUCGAUACACGAGUGUGUAUCUUGACCAAACGGAAGCUUGUAGAACUCCUCGUGACGUCACGUUUUGGCAAGAACGUGAAACUGUACAACAUCACAAACGGCUGCAUUGACGCCAUAAUAAAAACUGGGCACAAGAAGGAGAUCUACCAAGUUGUGAGGCGCCGGCUUCGAGCCGCAUUGCACUCCCAUGGACUAGUGUUAAACCUUUUCCUCGAGGAGCGAUGCAAAGGCCCGGUCUUCUCUGUGCUGUCCAAAUAUCUACUGGACAUUCUGAUAACUGACAAGAUCUUGGUCUUUGGGAAAGAGGCAGUAAAUCCCACCAACGUAUCAUACAUCUUGCGCGGAAACAUACCAGGGUUGAUUCUAGUAAUAUGUCCCAAGCUGCAGAGAAAGAAAAAAUACUGA